UUCAAAUCACUGUUUGUGCGGAAGGUGGACCCCAGAAAAGACGCUCACUCCCAUCUGCUAGCCAAGAAAGAGGACAACAACUUAUAUAAAAUCCAGUUUCACAAUGUGAAGCCCGAGUGUCUGGAGGCGUACAACUCUCUCUGUGCCGAGGUGCUGCCGCUCAUCCACAGCGACAGCACGUACCCCUGUGAGCUGGUGGGCACCUGGAACACCUGGUACGGAGAGCAGGACCAAGCUGGUAGGACAGCCUCGCAAACCCAGGAGCAUAGACCUUUUUCCUGAGUAACCUGAGUUCCGUUUGGGUGCUCUCGUGUCCGGGUCUCCAUAGAAACCCAUGUUAAAACGGGGUAAACACCAUCGGCUGAAUUGAAGCUUUUUCAGUA